AUGUCGUCCGACGCGAUUAUCAAAGGCCUGAAGCAAGGCAACGCCAUUGAAAUGGCCACGAUCGAGGAAGUGAAGGGGGGCAUGACCUCUGUCCUUGAUGGGAUGCUCAGGGAAUGCUACAAUCGUAGCGACGCAUUGAGCGAUCUUAUGGAGAAGGUACAACUCGAGGAUAUGAGCACGACAGCGGCGAACUUCACGGCGGAGCAGAGAGUUCAUCUUACGAAGGUCAUCAAAGACGCUAUCUCCAGCUGCGAGCGAGCUAUGAUCACCAAUGAUCGCAAAGAGAAGAGGGGGGUCGGGCAAGCGAAAGCCGCGUUCCAAGCGGAGAUAAAGACUAGGAACAUCAUUUGCAAUCAUCUCAAUGAUCAAAUCCAUAUAUGUAUUGAGAGAAACAAAACCAUGGACGCCACGCCUGAGAAGUCCGACAUCCAUGUCUCCCUGACAAAGUUUCGUACGGAAGAGGAUAACCUUCUUCGCAAACUUCGACAAUCUUACAGGGACGCAGACACAUACGAGAAAGAGAAAAACGAGUUCAAGGAGCAGAUCGCAAAUCUUAAGCUCAUCGCCAGGAUAGCGAGGAUUGACCUCAAAGCUACGAGUCGGGACGAGGCGUCAGAUCGUGUGUCGUUCCAGGAACCGCAAGUCGCUCAUAUGAGUCUUGCUCCUUCUCCUGCUGGUCGCGGUUGUCGCGGUAGUUUCUCUUUCCGUGGUGGCGUUCGUGGUCUCGGCGGUGUUGGUCGUGGCCGUGGGCUACCUUGUGGACAGGCAAAGCCGUGA